CUUGUCGCGAAACGUCGAUCUGGCGCUGCCGCUGUUGUCGGGCCGAUCGACGAAACGACGGCGUUCGGGCAUUAAUUGCAGGAAGACGCGAUCGCACAAGGAUUCUGCUUGACUUCGUUACGACAAAAUGUCAAAUCCAAACAAAAAAUUCUGCCGACGAUCAAUCGCAUUAUCCAUCAAAGAAUGUUUGGGCGUUUGUGAGAAAUAUAUCGAAAUACCGAUAGUCGACAAUAAAGAGUCGAGGAAGAAUUUAAUCACGCGCAUUGAAGCUGCUACGCUGAAAAUAAUAGAACAAAUAUCUAGGGAACGGGCACCGUCUAUAUCAUAUUUUAGCGGUCAAAAUAUUCGUUUGAAAUCCGACACACGCAAAAAGAACGUUUAUUCAGAAUGCUCAGCUCAUUCUCAACAGACAUCAACGUCUUCUUCCGAUCACUUAUCCGAUUUUGCCCAAGAGAAAGAUGCAGAUAAUGAAGAUACUUCUCAAAAUUCGGAAAAAACAAAACGGAAAACUGUCGAUUUCGCGAUGACAAGGAGCAGAAAUAAAUUUGUCUUAAUGGUAGUAAUAAUGGCCGAGGCUCACCGUUUGCUGAUAUCAAACACAACCAAGACCAGACGCUCGUUUUAUUACGAUCUGAAGACUAAGACGACAACGAGUUAUUUGGUACCUGAUCAAACGUACGUCGAUCGUGCAUUAAAUGAGGUCGCUAAUUUACUAAAAUGCGCGCCGUGGGAUUUGGGAUUGCUGGCAACGGCUAAAGGAUUGGUGGCAGGAAACAUGACCAUCACGCUAGACGAUCAAGUCAUUGACUGUACGAUACCGGGUGGCGUGCAGAUUCCGCAAAUUAUUUCAAAAAUAAUUUCCAUUCGUGUGAAAGCCAAUUUUGUCUUGGUCAUUGAGAAGGACGCGAUCUUUCAAAAAUUGCUCGAGGAAAAUUGUCCUCGCGCCCUAAGUUGCAUUUUAGUGACGGGAAAGGGUUAUCCGGAUGUAGGUACGAGGAUGCUGGUGAAAAUACUAUCCGAGAAGAUGGACUUACCGAUUUACAUCGUCGUAGACGCGGAUCCCUUCGGCAUAGACAUUAUGUUAAUUUAUCGUUUCGGUUCAUCGUCCCUCUAUAGAGAAAACGAGACCUUGGCUUGUCCUAAUGCACGUUGGCUUGGAAUCCACCCCUCGGAACUGAUUCCGUUAGGAGUGAAAACAAUUCCGCUCACCAGAGCUGAUCUUGCAAAAUUGAGAACCAUCGAAGCCCGGAAUUACGUAAACGAAGAUAUGUCGAAGCAGCUGAAUAUAUUGCAGAAGGGCAAGGCAGAAAUAGAGGCGCUGUCCUCCUUCCCAAACAGUCUUACGGCAAUGUAUUUGUCUAAUAAAGUACGUCGCAAAGAUUAUAUUUAAAGCGUAAGACAUAGUUAACAAGAUUUUUCGAAACAUUUAGUAAGAAAAUAGUUGGAAUUAAGUCUAUAGGACUGCCAUUAUGUUCUCAAUCAAAGGAAAUAUAAGAAAAAAAGAAUUUUGGUUGGCGGUUUUAUAACAUAAUACAAAUAUGUACUAUAUUACUUCAAAUGACUUUUCGUUCUUUUUGGCGUUGUGCAAUCCAUGCUUCCGGUUGAACAACUUUUUCGGAGAAACUUUCGUUGUUAUCCUCCAACGUUAUAAGCUGCGGACUUUUAUGAAACGAGCCCAGAUAUAUAACACUACUGUUGGAUGACCGUCUCGAUGGGAUGAGGGAUUGAAUCAAGUCUGUCGUUGUUUCUAUCUCGCGAAGACUUUUCGAACGUGUCUGGUAUGGAUGUCCGUGCAGCCUUGAAAAAUAAAAUUUUGCGAGCGCCCUUCAAAUAACGCUACACUAUA